AUGAAGAGGAGCGACGUGAUGAAGAGGAGCGACAUGGUGAAGAGGAGCGACGUGAUGAAGAGGAGCGACGUGAUGAAGAGGAGCGAGAUGAUGAAGAGGAGCGACGUGAUGAAGAGGAGCGACGUGAUGAAGAGGAGCGACGUGAUGAAGAGGAGCGACAUGGUGAAGAGGAGCGACGUGAUGAAGAGGAGCGACGUGAUGAAGAGGAGCGACGUGAUGAAGAGGAGCGACAUGGUGAAGAGGAGCGACGUGAUGAAGAGGAGCAGCGUGAUGAAGAGGAGCGAGAUGAUGAAGAAGAGCGACGUGAUGAAGAAGAGCGACGUGAUGAAGAGGAGCGACGUGAUGAAGAGGAGCGACGUGAUGAAGAGGAGCGACGUGAUGAAGAGGAGCGACAUGGUGAAGAGGAGCGAGAUGAUGAAGAGGAGCGACGUGAUGAAGAGGAGCGACAUGGUGAAGAGGAGCGACGUGAUGAAGAGGAGCGACGUGAUGAAGAGGAGCGACAUGGUGAAGAGGAGCGACGUGAUGAAGAGGAGCGACGUGAUGAAGAGGAGCGACGUGAUGAAGAGGAGCGACAUGGUGAAGAGGAGCGACGUGAUGAAGAGGAGCGACGUGAUGAAGAGGAGCGACGUGAUGAAGAGGAGCGACAUGGUGAAGAGGAGCGACGUGAUGAAGAGGAGCGACGUGAUGAAGAGGAGCGAGAUGAUGAAGAGGAGCGACAUGAUGAAGAAGAGCGACGUGAUGAAGAGGGGCGACGUGAUGAAGAGGAGCGACGUGAUGAAGAGGAGCAACGUGAUGAAGAGGAGCCACGUGAUGAAGAGGAGCGACAUGAUGAAGAUGAGCGACGUGAUGAAGAGGAGCGACGUGAUGAAGAGGAGCGACGUGAUGAAGAGGAGCGAGAUGAUGAAGAGGAGCGACGUGAUGAAGAUUAGCGACGUGAUGAAGAGGAGCGACGUGAUGAAGAGGAGCGACGUGAUGAAGAGGAGCGAGAUGAUGAAGAGGAGCGACGUGAUGAAGAGGAGCGACGUGAUGAAGAGAAGCGACGUGAUGAAGAGGAGCGACACGAUGAAGAGGAGCGACGUGAUGAAGAGGAGCGACGUGAUGAAGAGGAGCGACGUGAUGAAGAGGAGCGACAUGAUGAAGAGGAGCGAGAUGAUGAAGAGGAGCGACGUGAUGAAGAGGAGCGACGUGAUGAAGAGAAGCGACGUGAUGAAGAGGAGCGACGUGAUGAAGAGGAGCGACGUGAUGAAGAGGAGCGACAUGAUGAAGAGCUGCAAUCCUGCAGAAGGUCUUUCUGUGUUUACAAAGUCUCACUGCUGCAUCAUAAAGAAACAAAUCACUGUUUACAUCUGCGUCCGUCACACAAAACUUAAACACACGGGUGGAGGUCGAGGGUGGAGGUCGAGGGUGGAGGGUGGUGGAGGUCGAGGGUGGAGGUGGAGGGUGGAGGUCGAGGGUGGAGGUCGAGGGUGGAGGUGGAGGGUGGAGGUGGAGGGUGGAGGUGGAGGGUGGAGGUCGAGGGUGGAGGUGGAGGGUGGUGGUCGAGGGUGGAGGUCGAGGGUGGAGGUCGAGGGUGGAGGUCGAGGGUGGAGGGUGAGGGUGGAGGGUGGUGGAGGUCGAGGGUGGAGGUGGAGGGUGGAGGUCGAGGGUGGAGGUGGAGGGUGGAGGUCGAGGGUGGAGGUGGAGGGUGGAGGGUGGAGGUGGAGGGUGGAGGUGGAGGGUGGUGGUCGAGGGUGGAGGUCGAGGGUGGAGGUCGAGGGUGGAGGUCGAGGGUGGAGGUCGAGGGUGGCCAGUGCGCUCUUGUCGCCCCAUUCCAGAUUGUGUGAACAUUUUGCUUCUUUAUGA